UACCCCUUCAAUAUUGUGUAACCACAAGAUCAGGAUGACAACUAAAUUGAGUGCCAUCAUGCCCUCCUCCAGGCCAGGCAGUCACCCAUCUCCGAGACCAUCAUCGGCAGCUUCUGGGUAGUAGGUUUGGAGGCCACAGAAUGCUUUUUGGGGACUGGAUGGGUUUCGGUCAAGACUCGUAUUACCUGCGCCGCCUUGGUAGGUAUACGAGCUUCCGCAUUCAGAACCUCACUUCCCAUUAUAGCAGCACCCAUUACUGGUAGGGGGUCUUACGAUGAGCACAGCAAGCUCAAGAUAUAUAAAAAAGGCCAGCCGACCCCUCCAUCACCAGUAUCAUCACAACCUCUUCAAAGCACUUCCACCUCAUUGACUAUCUACUCAUCAACCUACUCAUCCCCCUCCAUCAAGAUGACCAAGAUCCUCGCCAUCCUCGGCGCCCUCGCCACCGUCGCUCUGGCCGCUCCAUCUCCCGCAGCGGACAUCGUUCCUCGCGCCUGCACCACCAUCCUCCCCACCUCCAUCGACAUCCUCGACAGCGCCCACCCCAACACCGCGAACGUCGGCUCGCACUUCAGCCUCCAACGCUCCGGCUCCCCAGUGACCAACAACAAGAUCUCCGCCUUCACCUUUACCAACAUCCCCGCCGGCGCCACCGGCUGCACCCUCCAGGUCAACGUGCCCGCGCUAGCCAAGGCCAACCAGAUCGCCUCGGGCUCCAACCAGGCGGAAUUCUGGACGACCAACGCCUGGACUGCCGCCAACGCGCCGACUUGGAACCACCCGCCGACUCGCGACCAGAUGGUUUCCACCUUCCAGUUCCCGACGGGGGUGACCACGACCCCGACGCAGCAGAACUUGGCGUCGAAUACCUGCUCCAGCACGAUGAGCUUCUUGGCGCUGUUGAGCGAUUGGCAGGGUGCGGCGGGACAGGUGGAUUUCACUCAGGGGGCGAACCUGGGGUUUAAGUUGAUUUUCAAUUGUUGAGUGGACUUUUUUGACAGGAAGGAUGGGUUAAAUUGUUGGGCUGGGAGGAUGGACUAGGACUAGUGAGGGUGAGAGGAAGUAUGGGUUUCGGGUUUGUUGUUCGGUGAGGCUGGUUUACAUGCCGCUGUCUAGAGUGGUCUGCGCUGCUAAUGGCAACAUAUUAAUUGAGUUGUUUUAGUUGCUGAAUCACGCGAUAUUCACGAGUAUGAGCCGUUCAGCUCUAUGCUGCCUUAGAUAUCGAGGGCUAAGGACCCAGAGAAGGGC